GUGGCCUUCUUCCUCCUCGUCCUUCGUUUUCUUCGCAGUUCUCACACCGGCCUCUUCACUGAAUCGGAGCCAUCCCCAGAAAUGGAAGAUCCUCAGGGCCACAGCCAGCCGGAGCCUCCAACGUCCCCCACAUCACAUUCCCAAUCUCAGUGCACAUCCACCACCUGCGCCAAGUGCGGCGGCCCGACUAGCUUCCCGCCGCCGCCUCAAGGGUCCUGGUCCGAAGUGUCCCCUCCGCCAGUCUACCGCCCGAUUCGCGCUCCGGCGAUCAACCUUCCUCCGGCGAACCAGUCCCAAGCUAUAAUGCUCGCUCCCGUUCCUCAACGCCGAAGCGUCCCCGUCGUUUCCCCUCCUUACGAAUUCCAGCCCCCUUCGAAGAAAAUCCAGUCCCCGGACGACAUCCGGCGCUUCCAUGACUCUGAAUCGGGGAAGAACUUUAUCGGUUUCGUCGUUGCUCUCUCUGAAGCCAUCCGCAGUCGCAAACUUUCCGAUCCGUGUCAUGUCUCGGAUACUGUGAGUUCGAUCGUCUCGACGCUCGAAACCCUAAUUCAGUGGAUUGAGGAAAUACCUCCUCUUCAACAGGCGGCUCGAUACGGUAACGUCUCUUAUCGGACUUGGCACGGCCGUUUGGAAGAAACCUGUGAAUCCAUGAUGCUCCGGUUUUUGCCCGAGGAGCUGACUACGGCGAUGGUCGAGAUCGUUCCUUACUUCAUGGAUAGCUUCGGUAAUUCCAGUCGUAUUGAUUAUGGAACCGGGCACGAAACCAAUUUCGCUGCCUGGCUGUACUGCUUGGCGAGAAUGGGGAUUCUCAAGGAAGAGGAUUAUCAAGCUGUGGUGGCUAGGGUCUUCGUCAAGUAUCUCGAGCUUAUGAGGAAGCUUCAGCUGGUUUACUGUCUUGAGCCUGCUGGUUCUCAUGGCGUCUGGGGGCUUGACGAUUAUCAUUUCCUGCCGUUUAUUUUUGGAUCUUCCCAGUUGAUUGAUCAUAAGUAUAUGAAGCCGAAAUCCAUUCACAAUGACGACAUUUUGGAGAACUUCUCCCGAGAAUUCAUGUAUCUUUCUUGCAUUGCCUUUAUCAAGAAGGUGAAGAAAGGGCCGUUUUCCGAGCACUCGCCUAUGUUGGAUGAUAUCAGUGGGGUGCCUAACUGGAACAAGGUGAAUAGUGGCAUGCUGAAGAUGUACAAGGCCGAGGUUCUGGAGAAAGUGCCGAUCAUGCAGCAUUUCCUGUUCGGGUGGCUGAUUAAAUGGAUCAGCCUUCGUGUAAGGUGCUUCUCCUUUGAGUCAGACCUCUAAAGUGAGUAGAAGUGACCUGGAAGAGGUGAUGAGUAUGAUGUGGCUAUCUCCAAAAAUCCAUAUUUCCAUGGAGUAAUCUAAUUCUCUUGCACCGAAGGAUGGACCACGUUCUUCAUUCCUCGCCAUGUUUGAGUGAAUGCAAGAUGGUGAAAGUGCUAUCCCAUAUUACCAUUGGCUCACUUUCACUUCUGUGUCUAUUGUGUUUCUGACUUGGUUAUAUGACUCUACCAGCGUUAGGAAGAGAACAUUGCCUAAAUGCUUGGUGUAAUAUUUGAGUAAAGGAGAUGGCAGAUCUGACGAGGUUCCAUUCUCUUGAGAGGAUAAAACAAGUGGUACUUUGCUGGCCUUGCUUUCUUUCUUUCAUCUUUUGUUCUCUACUUCCUCUCUCUCUCUCUCUUUUAUAACUGUAGGAUAAAACUUUUCACAAAAAAAACUGUAGGAUAAUCUUUGUAUUCCAC